AUGACGUUGGAACCACACUACAAUGCUAAGUCUGCUGCUGCUGCCAGUGUUUUUGUUGCUCGCUCUGCAAAUGAGAGCCCAACAAGAAACACAAAGGCUUCUCCUAAAAAAAAAAUGUAUCCGCAGUCGAAGGGUAUUUCCAUACGGAUUGACAAUCUCCCUCCGGGCAAGACCUGGGCCCAGGUUAAAUACUUGAUAGGAGGGAUCAUAUACCAUAGCAACAUCCUGCAGGUAAAAAUGCUUCCUCCAAUGACUUCUGUGGUUCCUCCUUUCAUCACUUUCCAAAGUUGUAUUGUCAUUUUGAAAAACUCUGUCGAUAAAGAGUCCCUGGAAAAUUUAUUGUUUACUUUGAACACUUACCAAUGGGAUUAUCAUGACCUCUUUGUCUAUAUGUUGCCGUAUACGAAUGAUUCUCUUCCUCUGCGAUAUUCAGAAGCGAGUGAUAAUAAUAACGAAGUUCGGAGCAUUACUGAUGACACUGAUAAGUCAUUGUCUCCUCGGUUUGUGAGUCAUGUGUCAUCCGUCACGCCGCAACCAGCAUCUGUUUCCACUCCACCUUCUCAAUAUUUCACUUUCUCGCCUGAAUUGGGCUUGCGAAAUAAUGAAAACGUAACUCCACUUACCACGCCUGUGCCAGUACCGGUUGGUGUGCCGCCUCUUACUCCCCUGCCUCAUGGCCCAUUUCCAACUUCGAUGCUACCUAUAUUAGGUGCUCCUCCAGGCACAGUACCUAAUAUGCAAAUGCCGUACCAGGCCAAUCUACUUCCGUCUACCGCUGCUGCUGCCGGUGGUCCACUGAUCUCUCCCACACACUAUCCUCGUCGUCGACAUUUUUACCAUCAGAACCAAAGCCAGUUCCAAAAGUAUAUGCACAAUAACCCCAGAAACCUGGAUGCUGGCACAGGUCCUCAUCAUCUUUCUUUGAGGAAUAAUAAAAUAAACUCUUCUUAUAACGAAAUAUCUGCCCUUUAUAACUUGAACAUGGCAUCGAAUACCAAUAAUAUCGGCAAUAGCACCACCACUAAUACAAAUGGCAGUGACCAUGCCCUUGAAAUGAAAAACAGUGGGGCUAUUUCACCUACACAAACCCAAAUAAACCACAAACGACUAAAACAUAUAUUCAAUGAGAAAAGUUUCAGAAAACAAAUGACAAAUAGAGGUAUGUGGCAGUUGAAGAUUAUAAAUUUCCCCCCCUAUAUACCUAUGGAAUCCUUAGAAAAAUUAUCUGAACCUGAUUUUAAUGACUUAGUGGACCAAGAUAACUUUACAGUUAUUAAAAUUAAAGAGAAAGGACAUUUGGAAAAGUUUGGAAGGCUAAGAUGGACAGUUCUUAAAGAUUUCAUAAAGUUGAAAUGUCCCAAGUUAUUAAGACUGCAAGAAAGGCAAUUUCUACAACAACAGAACGAAGUUACUUCACUAAAUGAAUCCAUGGAUGCAUUGAAGAUAUCAGAUAAUGAGAACACCAAUGGCAGCUCAAGUAACAGUACAUAUACAAAUGGCGGACCUCGGUCAUCGAUCAACAACACGAGGGAAUUUUAUGUGGGGGUUUAUGAGGACCACGAAGAGGUAACCCUAUUGAAGUUUGAUUUACCGGAGGAUGAAUUGGAGGAGUUUAAUAAAAGUUUGCCGAAUAUUUUCACACGUAGUGACAGCGGAGACACCUGUAACACGGAGGAAAAUAAUAAGACAAAGUAUUUCAAGGUUAAUACGAUCGUUUAUAAUGCUAUUGUGGGGUUCCACGAUAAGGAACUGUCUGAUCUGACCUUCGAGUCCUUACAAGACCAAGAAUACUCACUGGGGUACAAAAUUAAUGUAAGGGAACUACCACCAUUUGACGAAGAUGAAUUUGAUAAACAACAACAGCAAUACUAA